GAAAGCACGGCGCGCCCGUUUCGACCUGCCUCAGUCCAGGCGCUGAUCGCUCGACUCCUUCAUCACCAUGGCCGACCUCAACGAGAAGAAUACUGCCAGUCUGCACGAGGACCUCAAGAGCGACAACACCCACACCGUCGCCGGCCACGGCCACACCGCGACCGACAUCUACGGCAACCCGCUGCUCACAUUCGACCCCAAGGCCGAGGCGCGGCUGCGCUGGAAGAUCGACCUGUACAUCAUCCCGACGGUCGCGCUGCUGUACUUGUUCUGCUUCAUUGAUCGCGCGAAUAUCGGCAAUGCGCGGCUGGCAGGUCUGGAAAAGGAUCUCGGGCUGAAGAACUAUGAUUACAACCAGGUGUUGUCGAUCUUCUACAUCAGCUAUAUUAUCUUCGAGAUUCCGAGUAACAUCUGCUGCAAGUGGAUGGGCCCGGGAUGGUUCAUCCCCCUUAUCUCGCUAUGCUUCGGCAUUGCGUCUAUCGGGACUGCGUUCGUAACGAACAUCCACAGCAUCUGCGGAGUGCGAUUUGUUCUUGGCAUCUUCGAGGCUGGCAUGCUGCCGGGAAUCGCUUAUUACAUGUCUAGAUGGUAUAGACGGUCUGAAUUGGCGUUCCGUCUUUCGCUUUACAUCGUCAUGGCACCGCUCGCGGGCGCAUUCGGUGGUUUGCUCGCAUCCGCCAUCUUGACCCUGGACUCGUUCGGCUCCCUGACCCGCUGGAGGAUGAUCUUCGCAAUCGAGGGCAUCGUAACCUGCCUCCUCGCGCUCAUCUCCUUCUUCACCCUCACCGACCGCCCCGAGACCGCCAAGUGGCUGACCCAGGAGGAAAAGGACCUCGCCAUCGCCCGCGUCAAGUCCGAGCGCGUCGGCCAGAACGAAGUCCUCGACAAACUCGACCGCAAGAAGACCUUCCGCGGCAUCUUCAACCCCGUCGUGCUCGCCACCUCCUUCAUCUUCCUGCUCGACAACAUCACCGUGCAGGGCCUGGCCUUCUUCGCGCCCACCAUCGUGCGCACAAUCUACCCGCGCCACACCGUCGUGCAGCAGCAACUGCGCACCGUGCCGCCCUACAUCGUCGGCGCCUUCUUCACCGUGCUGUUCCCCUUCCUCAGCUGGCGCUUCGACCGCCGCACCAUCUUCAUGGUCGCCGGCGCCCCGCUCAUGAUGGUCGGCUACAUCAUGUUCCUGGCCAGCGGCGAGGCGCAGGUGCGCUACGGCGCCACCUUCAUCAUCGCGUCCGGCGCGUUCUCGUUCGGCGCGCUGUGCAACGCGCAGGGCUCCGCUAACGUCGUCACCGACACCGCGCGCGCGUCCGCCAUCGGCACGAUUGUCAUGUUCGGCAACAUCGGCGGCUUGAUCAGCACCUGGAGCUUCCUGCCCACCGACGCGCCCAACUAUCGCAUCGGCAACGGCCUGAAUCUGGCUACCAGCAGCACGAUUCUUAUCCUCGGUAUCGUGCUGUUGCUGUGGAUGAAGCGCAGCAACAGCAAUCGCGAGCAGGUCGAUGUGGACGCGGAGCUGGCGGGCAAGUCGGCAGGCGAGAUUGAGGACUUGGACUGGCGGCAUCCGUCGUUCCGGUGGAGGCCUUGAGUGGGCUGGCACGGGAGAGGGUCUGAAGGGAAAAGUGUAUGUGAGACGUUUUUCGAGUAAUGUUAGCGUUGUGUGGACGAAGAAUGGAUACGAGUUAUGAUAUCAAACACCUUCUCACGUUGCAGAAUCAACGGCGAUCUGAGAAAAUGAGCCAAGUACACCACACGCCAGUAACGUAGGGAAAACACUCAAAAACUCUAUAUAGUACUUUUUAACCUACA